AUGUCCCUUCGGCAGAGUCAUCGGCUUCUGGCUGCCCUGCCUAGCAACACUGCGAGGGCGCAUAAGCGUUUUUAUGAUGUGGUGAAGGUAGCGCGGAAUGGCAUUGACGAGGGAGGAGGAUGGACGGUCCUUUUGGACGGCAAACGAUUGUCUACUCCAGCUAAGCACCGACUGGCACUCCCUUCUGAGGGGCUCGCCUUUGCAGUAGCAGAGGAGUGGGCCGAACAGGACAAGUUCAUACGGCCACACUUCAUGCCGUUGAUGGCGUUGGCAGCGACAACUAUUGACUUGACAGCGAAGGAUAUGAGCGCAGUGGUUGAGAGGAAUCUCCACUACUUGAACACCGACUUGACUUGCUAUGGGGAAUACCCUGAGUGGGGCGAAUACAGGAGUUUCGUGUCCAAGGAAUUCGACUGCAAGAUAGCCUCAUGUAGGGGCAUAUCACUGCCGAAACACUCAGAAGGAGCGGAUGCGGCACUGAGAGCGUAUUUGAGUACCCUUACCCCAUGGGAGCUCACAGCCUUUGAUGAGAUGAGCAGAACGGCGAAGUCUGUUGUGAUCGCCCUCAACUACUACCUCGGAAAUACCUCUCUAGAGGAGGCAUGUAGGGCUUCGGUUUUGGAGGAGUUGGAGAAUAGAGGCAAAUGGGGAACGCUUGUUGUUGUUGUUGGGAUGUCCUCAUUCCGUCCUCAUGGGCCCUUCGGUCCUCUCGUCCCUGCAGUCACAUCUAGUGAGUGGCUGAAGAGGAAGCCUCUGGGGUAUAAAGACCCCGCUGAAAAGGAUUCUUCUGAGAAAGAUAUGGAACUGUGCGCUGACGAGUCAGAGUUGCCUGAGUGGGCUAAGGUCUCCAAGGAGGAGUACUUCAAAUACGAGAAUAUGUUCUGUGGAUACUGUGGUUCUUUCUACGACCAAAGACAGCGGGGUCAGUACUCGGUCUGCUCUAGAUGUGGGGCUAAGCGGGAUCGAUUCGUCACUGGACCGCUGAUGGAGUCCCAUGCCGUGUUGGACUAUGGUGAGAUGAAGGUGUGGAUGAAGAACAUCAUUGAUGAGGAGGAGGGCAAGGAGAAAAAGGACGAUAAAAAGAUGGCUUUAGUGGAUGAGGAGUGCCCGAAGUGCAAGAAUCCCCGUAUGGCCUUCUGGACUCAGCAGUUGAGGAGUGCCGAUGAGGGCCAAACGGUGUUCUACGAAUGCCAGAAAUGCGGCUACCGUUUUAACGUCAAUACUUAA